CCUCUCCUCGGCAGCAGACAUGGAGAGCUGCUAGAAGCGCAGCAGCAGGCUCCGGUGGAAGCACCAUGAGGUCCCGGCGGCUCCGGGGGGCUCCGAGCCUCCUGCUCCUCCUCCUCCUCACCGCCUCCUGCCGGCCGUGCGCGGCCGCCCGUCACGGUUGUUUGUUUGAGAAGAAGCUUUGUCCCAGAGAUCAGCAGUGCAACGAUGAUGGCUUGUUUGGACGGUGUCAGACUCCUCUCCAGGAGCCGGUCCAGUACCAGGUGUCGGCCCCCGUCCUGCACAAGCUGCAGGAGGUUCUCAAGGACCUGAUGGUGCAGGGUCUGACCUGGAGGGACGACGUGACCCAGGCGGCCAUCGGCCGAGAGCUGAGUCACGUUCCCACCGUCCGUCCAACACUCCACGACAAGUCGCCCAAACAGUCGGCCAGACUCUUGGGUCCUGGUUCUCAGAGGGUUCAGGGUUCAGAAGACUCCGCUGACCCCGAGCUGAUGCGGCAGUACAUGGACUACAUGGUCCUGGAGCCGCCCCGCUCCUCGGUGCACAUGCAGACCCCCCUGCUGGACCCGUACACCUAUCAACAGCAGCAGUUCGGUUACCAGGACGACGAGGAGCGUUCACUCAACUCCCUGGACGGCGGCCCGGCCUCGCAGCGCUCCAGGUCUCCGGGAGCCUCUCUGGACCGAGACCGGCAGCUUCUCCAGGACCUGCUGUCCUUGUAUCUCACCUCCCCGUCCUCCUCUUCCUCCUCCUCCCCCUCACGGUCGUUGUCCCGCCCUUCCUCGCUGUCCUCCUCUUCCUCGUCUCUUUUGCCGGAGCUGGACUUCCCGCUGGACUACGGCGAGGACUACGUUUCCCAGAUGACGCAGCUCAGUGACGAGCCGCCGCAGCAGGAGAAGAAGACGGAGUACGACCUGCUGUCGGGACUCGACGAGCCGUCUCUGCAGAAGUUGGCGCUGCUGCUCGACCACUACGGCCUCGGGGUCAAGGACCUGUCUCCGGAGCAGAAGGAGGACCUGCCGGCGGCUCUGAAGCAGCUGCAGCUGGAGAACUCAUUCGCCCGCAAACAGAGCAAAGAUAAAUACGGGAGCAACACUGCCGUAGGGAAGAAGCUCACAGAGGGCUCGAUGGCGUAUAAGACGAUCUCGCAGGAGACGCCGGCCUCCACCGCUAAAGCAGGCGGCCAGAAGGAGGUGACGCCCACCGAGGAGGCGAGCCGGGGCGAAGCGGGCCAGCAGUUCGGAUACAUCCUCACCAACCAGAGCGUGGUCGCACCUGCCGUCACCUUCAGGGUCAGACCCGACGCCAAGAACCUGACGGCUGCAGACGGCACCAACGGAGCAGAGAAGAACUUCCUGCAGUCCGAGAUGGGCCUGAAGAUGCUGCAGAACAGUGACGGAGAGAGCAAUGAAGGGAAGUCGUUGCCCCUGGCAACCAGAGUCCAGCCCCGCUCCCGCUGGGCGUUUGCAACCCUGGUGGCCAUGGCCUGCAUCGGCAGCGUCCUGGUGGCAGGCAUGACCAUCGCCUGCCUCCGUCACCAUGCUCACCGGCUGGCGGCCAAGAAACUGGGGCUGGGACCAGAGGGAGGCGGCUUCAGCCACCAGGAGUACCAGGACCUGUGUCGCCAGCACAUGGCCUCCAAGGGCGCCUUCGGACGCCUGGAGGCCGCUGCCCUGGGCGCCGUGGGAGGACCCGGUGGAGCAGGUGGAGGAGCUGGAGGAGGAGCGGGCAGCGGCGGCGGUGUCUCGGCGGGGGGCGGAGGCGUUGACUCCAGGGUGAGCAGCGUGUCGUCUCAGUUCAGCGACGGAGCGCAGCCCAGUCCCAGUUCCCACAGCAGCACGCCGUCCUGGUGCGAGGAGCCGGCGCAGGCCAACAUGGACAUCUCCACCGGUCACAUGAUACUGGCUUACAUGGAGGACCACCUGAGGAACAAGGACCGCCUGAUGAAGGAGUGGGAAGCCCUGUGCUCGUACCAGGCCGAGCCCAGCGCCGUGUCCGUGGCGCAGAGCGACGCCAACACCAAGAAGAACCGCUGUCCCGACUCGGUGCCCUAUGACCACUCCAGGGUGAAGCUGAAAGCAGAGAUCAACCCCUCGCGGUCGGACUACAUCAACGCCAGCACCAUUAUUGAGCAUGACCCCCGGAUGCCGGCCUACAUCGCCACCCAGGGCCCGCUUUCACACACCAUCUCUGACUUCUGGCAGAUGGUUUGGGAGAAUGGCUGCACCGUGAUUGUGAUGAUGACAGCUCUGGUUGAAGAUGGAGAGAAGCAGUGUGACCGAUACUGGCCCGACGAAGGCUCGUCCCUCUACCACAUCUACGAGGUGAACCUGGUGUCGGAGCACAUUUGGUGUAACGACUUCUUGGUGCGUAGCUUCUACCUGAAGAACGUUCAGACGCAGGAAACCCGCACGCUCACGCAGUUCCACUUCCUCAGCUGGCCGGCGCAGGGCAUCCCCACCUCCACGCGCCCCCUGCUGGACUUCCGCAGGAAGGUGAAUAAGUGCUACAGAGGUCGGUCGUGCCCCAUCAUCGUUCACUGCAGCGACGGCACAGGCCGGACCGGCACUUACAUCCUGAUUGACAUGGUUCUGAAUCGCAUGGCUAAAGGUGUGAAAGAGAUCGACAUCGCUGCGACCCUGGAGCACGUCCGAGACCAGAGACCCGGGAUGGUGCGCACCAAGGACCAGUUUGAGUUUGCGCUGACAGCGGUCGCUGAGGAGGUGAACGCCAUCCUCAAAGCUCUGCCCCAGUGAAACCGGUAUGGUCCAGCUGCCAGAGCGUCGGACUCCAACCCCCCCUCAACUCUGACCCUCACUUCUGUGUACGACGAAGACUAGCGCAUCUUUCUGCACGUCCGCUGAAGCCUUGAAACCAAACGGUGCAAAAAACAAGAAUAAGGGUCAGAAGAACUGCUGUAGCUCAGAUGUGAUGUGUUCAGGGACCCUCGGAAAGAAAUGCAUUCUUGGGACUUGGAAGAAAAUACUCCUGAACUGUAUCCAAGUCUCUUCUCAUUGCUGUAAUUCUGUGUAAAGAAAAAUAUUUCCUUCCUCGUGUGGCUGAUGUUUGAAGUUGUUGCUUCUAAAGUCAGGGGAAGCUGAAUUUAAUUCAUGGCUGAUUUGUGAUUUCAAGGCGUCAGCUGGUUUGAAAGAUCACUGAAUGUCCACCUGCUGCAUCAUCCUCUGCCUGCUGAAAACAUCCUCCUGUGUGCCGUCUGACUCUGGGUAUGUGGUUCACCUCAAGCAAGAUUUAAAAAAAUGGAAUAAAAAAAAAGAAUAUUUUGUAUCAGUGAGACCUUUAAUAAACGUGUG